ACGUGACAAGAAACCCGUUGGUUGAGGGUCGGUUGGGUCGGUCAGGUGUCUUCGAUGACGUCAUCGCAUCCACUUCCCGCAACCCCAGCAAACGAACGCAACACUUCAGCGUUCGCAAAUUUUCUAAACGUGAGGCACAUCGCAAAAAGUUAUACGGACGUCGUUUAUCACAGUUGUGUCGUUAUUGUCCACGAGACACAUUUCAAGCUCCCGGUUAUUCAUUCAGUAAGUACCCCAUCACUGAAAACAACCAGUGAAACCCGGUAAAGUAGCAGAAAACGUGCGUCAUGGCAGACGCAGAGCCAGGCGAAGACGCCGUUCUCGGCGUCGUUUCCAAACCGCCUCCCAAAAAGAAAAAACCCGAACAAGGCAUGGUGGUGGUCCCCAAAACCGUGUACGACGUCCAGCGACUCAAACUCGAGCGCCUCAUGCAGAACCCGGACAAACCCGUGCUGAUACCGGACCGCCCCAAGGGCCGCAGUCCCCACGACGCCCCCGAAUUCGUCCGAAACGUGAUGGGAAGCAGCGCGGGCGCCGGGUCGGGUGAGUUUCACGUCUACCGGCACCUACGUCGCAAGGAGUACGCACGCCAGAAGUACAUCGACCAGAAGGCGCGCCAGGACGAAAAAGACCAGGAGUUCCGCGAACGCGUCGAGCGCAACAAGCGACUGGCCGAGGAGAGAACGGCCAAGAAACGCGCCAAACGGCUCAAGCGCAAGGCGAAGCUCAAGGACAAGAAAAAGCAGACGGGCAAGGACGGCAACAAGGCGGAUGCCAAGCACACGGAAUCUGACGACGACGAUGAUGAGGGUAACGAAGGUACUAACGACGACCAGGAACAGAGGUCGGGACCGGACGAACAGAGCAAGAGCACGGCAGAUGAAGCAGAAAACGAAGUUACUGAGGAAGACAACAAGGUGGCCGAAGCAGACGACAAGAUCGUUGAAGCAGCAGACGACAAUGUUGCUGGAGCAGAUGGCAUCAAAGAUGACGUCCAAGGAGGUAAUGCAAAUGAUGAUGCAGCAACAGGCGAUGAAAGCAAUGAUACAUAAAAUGGUUUUACUCUAACUCUUCACAGACAGCUGGCAAGCGGCUUUUAAUGUUGCAAAAACUCUGACGUGGCAACCAUGUUCGUUCAUAGAGCAGCAUCUCUGUAUGGCCAAGUGGCAUUUUAAUGGGACACGAGCUUUGACCCAGUUCUCUUCUAUUUAAAUCUUGACGCAAGGGACAUGCUACAAACAUCUUCAUUUUGUACAUAAGCACAUUGUACAACGUGUAUUUGGCCUCGAGCAGAGGUUCUCGGUUACAAUUGUUUUUAAGUUUGUUAGUGUUGCCAAAUAAAGUUAUGCAGUCAA